ACGAAAGAACUGGCAACCCUGAUAACUGUGAUAACGCAUUGUAAACGAUUUUUACUUUACUGAGAAUUAUCUGACGCAAUGUACGCGACACCGACAUCUUAUCGUGUGUAUUUCGCUAUUCUAUGAUUCAUAGUUGAAACAUGCAAUAGAAUGAACGAACUGUAAUCAAUUUUACCGUGCUGUAGUGGUUUUAAAACAGAAUUUUCUAUUAAUAUAUUAACACGUGCUUGUUCAACAUCCUAUCAAACGUUCGAGUUCGAUUCCAAGUAAAGUAACUAAGUAUUUAUUGAAAUUUUGAAUGAGUACUGUAUAUAUACUCUACAUAAGUUAUCGAAAAAUCAAAACUGCAUGUCUAAUUAUCGGAUUUGACGUCUCUCACUCAAUAAUUCGUCGAUGGAUUGCAUUUCCAGCCUUCCAGGAUUGCCAUUUCGUAUGACGUAUAAAAUUCUUCUGUAAAUAUCAAUUCACUUGGAGAAAACAGACGGCGGAUUCUUUCCUACAAGAAAGUUUUGGGAUACUGAAAAACAGUUUCCAAGGAUCAGAUUUUUCGAAUCAUGAGUCGAAGUAAACGCAAGAGUCGCGAAAAAAACAGAUCUCAAGAAAAAGAAAAAAGCGAGAAAAAAAUCAAACUCGAUGCUGAGCAUGAUUCAGAAAAUAGGACAAAAUAUUCAUUAUCGAGUUCAACGGUUCCAGAAAAAUCGUCAAAAGAAAAUCGAGACGAGAAAAAGCCUAGCAAAGUUGACCAAAAACAGACCCAAUCUCGUGUAAAAGAUGCUUCAACAAAUGAACAUAAAAAAGAUGAUAUUAUGGAAGUGGAUGACACGCCUCAAAAUAAAGAAAAUAAAAAGGAAAACCCUCAAGAUCUCAGCCACGAAACCGAGAAACAAGAAAGUAAGCCCGUCGAAGACGCCACUUCUUCAUCUUCACGUAAAAAAAAGAAAAAAAAGAAAAGGAAACAUCGUCAUGAUUCCAACCUUGACACCGAGAAAAAUGAAAAAAAAAGUAAAAAAAGUAAAAGUAGAGAUCGUCAAGGUUCCUGCCAUGAUACCGAGAAAAACAAAAAUAAACCCUCUGAUGACGUCAAACAUUCACAAAAAAAUAAGAAAAAAAGUAAAAGUAGAGAUCGUCAAGAUUCCAACGGUAAAACCAAAAAACAGGAAAAUAAAUCCUCCGAAGGCGUGAAAUCUUCGAGUAAAAAGAACAAAAAAAGUAAAAGCAAAGAUCGUGAAGAUUCCAGCCAUGAAACUGAGAAAAACGAAGAUAAACUCUUCGAAGAUGUCAAAUCUUCGCAUGAAAAUAAGAAAGAAAGUAAGAGUAAAGAUCCUCGAAAUACCGCUAGCCAUGAAACCGUAAAACCGGAAAAUAAACCGUGUAAAGACGUCAAACCCUCGAGUAAAAAGAAGAACAAUAGUAAAACUCCCGAAGAUACCAGUCAUGAUACUGAAAACCAGGAAAAUAAACCCUCCGAGGAUCUGAUGGCUAAAUCUAAUCACGAAAACGAAACAUCUCCAGGAUGGAAUGAAUGUCGAUCAAAAAGGAACAAGAAUAAAGAUAAAUCGAAAACCCACCAUGCAGAUUUGAAUCAACAGAUAGAAUUGCAAGAUGUAUCGAAUACUCAGUCGAAUAAUGAAAAUCAAUCAUCUAAAAGUGAUUCUUCUAAUCGAAGAAAAGAUUCGAAACCCCUCGAUCAAAAUCAUUCUCGUCAAAGGAAUGAUUUACCAGACCGUGAUCGACAUCUAUCUCCUCAUCGGGAAUAUGAUUCACGAAAAUAUGAUCGAGGUGAUUUUUCACAUCGGAAGGAUAAUCAACAAACAAGUCACAAAAGCUCUCCAAGUAAUCAUACUCGUUACGAUAAUCGCAAAAGUAUGAGAGACGAUGGUGAUACUCGAAACAGAGGUUGGCGUAGUAAUCAUUUCGAUGAAAAAUCCCAUGGUAAUGAUAGAAGACCGAACGAACCCCUGAACAGACGACUUGAUAAAGAUCAAUUUAACCGGACGAAUGGAAAAAAUAACUACCAAAAUGGAAAUUAUUAUCAAAACCGUAAUAAUCAAAAAUCUCCAUUGGGUGAAAAUUGGAAUAAUUUCUACAAAAACAAGCAAUAUUCAAAAAAGAAGAAUAAACAGCCACUAUUUGUUCCUAACGCUGAGAAAUACGAACCAACCAUUCGAGAAGUAGAAGGAGACUUAUUCGAAUGUAGCGAUGAAUACUCUCUUGCUCAUUGCGUCGCUGAGGACUUUUCAAUGGGUGCUGGAAUCGCGAUAGAAUUCAAGCAGCGAUUCAAAGGAGUCGAUAAAUUACUAGCCCAAGGCAAGAAAACCGGCGAAGUGGCGAUUUUACAAAAGGACAAACGUUUUAUAUUUUAUCUAGUUACAAAAACUAGAAGCAAAGGAAAACCAACUAUUGAAAGUUUCACAAAAUCCAUCAAAUCGCUUAAGCAAAUCUGCAUAGAAGAAAAAGUUAAGAAAUUAGCCAUUCCUAGAAUUGGCUGUGGUUUAGAUAGACUAGACUGGAACGAGGUAAAAGAUAUUUUAUACGAUGAAUUUUCCAGCACUGAUAUUGAAAUCGUUGUUUACGUUUUAUAGUAGAUUUUUCGAACAUAAGUCCAUGACCUAUGAGUCAAUUUUUAAUGUGACGAAGCUGAUGCAUUAAUUUUGUUCUUUGUCGGUGACUAUUAAAUGUGAUCUUAAAUCUAUCAUCUUAAUAUUUUAUACUUUCGUAGUUUUUACUUUGAAAAUACUUUCAAUACGCUGUGGUUAGCCAUAUUUUAUUUUGAUAUUUUUUUCUCAUUCCUUAAUAAUUAUUCAUUUAUAUUUAAUUUUACGUAAU